AGCCUGGCCCCACGUGCUUGCCUCCCCGUUCCUCGGUUCCUUCCUCCCCUCCCGUCGCGCAUCUGAAGCGUGCGGGGUAGGGAGACCGAUCUUGUUCGCGGAGGUGUUUGACGGUUUUGACUCGGAUCAUGAUGCGCAGCUAGAUAGUGGAGAGCUUGACCUGAGGUGGGGGACGCGGAUCGCAGGGUAGAGGCAGGAGACCGAGAGGAAGGAGAGGGGUAAAGGCGGAGGGAGAGGAAGAAGGCGGGAAGGAUGGUGCUGGUGCUUGCGCUGGGGGAUCUGCACAUCCCGCACCGGGCGCCCGACCUGCCCGCCAAGUUCAAGUCCAUGCUCGUGCCCGGCAAGAUCCAGCACAUCAUCUGCACCGGAAACCUCUGCAUCAAGGAAGUCCAUGACUACCUGAAAAGCCUUUGUCCGGAUCUCCACAUUACCAGAGGAGAAUAUGAUGAGGAUGCUCGAUACCCAGAGACUAAGACACUCACAAUUGGUCAGUUUAAGCUUGGGCUGUGCCAUGGUCAUCAGGUCGUUCCAUGGGGCGACCUGGACUCCCUGGCGAUGCUGCAGCGGCAGCUGGACGUAGACAUCCUGGUGACGGGGCACACCCACCAGUUCAAGGCGUACAAGCACGAGGGCGGCGUGGUGAUCAACCCCGGGUCGGCCACGGGCGCCUACAGCAGCAUCACCUACGACGUGAACCCGAGCUUCGUGCUGAUGGACAUCGACGGCCUGCGCGUGGUGGUGUACGUCUACGAGCUGAUCGACGGCGAGGUGAAGGUGGACAAGAUCGACUUCAAGAAGACGGCGACGACGAUGCACGCGUAGCUUGGUUCGGUGCGGGCGUGGAAAACACUGAAAACGGAUAUGUCUAGUUCCUGUUGCUUUCCCCUAGAGCUCCCUGGACUCUCUUCUUCUUCUCUCCCUACCGGCUGUGCUCGCCUGUUCAUGUGCAAGAAAGUGGAGCUGUUUUCACGGAUUAGUUGACCAGAUUGUCAGGGUGGGUGGGUGGUGUUAAAUGUUAAGCUAGCUAUGACUUGGGUCGUGUUUUAAACUUUUUAUCAGGCGAACCUUGAUUUGUCAUUUGUGUUUAUAUAUGCAAAAUGGAGGAAAUAAUUGCAAAACAGAUCGGUUUGCUUUUGCCGCA